UUUGUGUCUUGUGGUUGCGCGCGGUGAGCUGAGGCUUUGACUGACGAGGAUUUGCGGCCUCCACGAUUACCAUGACGACGGGGAGGCUCGCUGACUUGGUCCUGAGUGGGGGUGCUGACAGGCUGACACCCGCAACCCCUUAACCGAGGCUGUCAGACCCGCCUUUCCCCCCACAAGACUCCUCUCUACCUUUUACCUGUGGGGCCCUAUCAUUUCCAGCUUCCCCGGGUGUCAGACGAAAAGAUGCCCCGCUGACCCUCCACCGCCCUUUCCCGGGGUGCUUCGUUCGCCAUGUGCCCCUGAACUCUGGGUCUCCCCACAAAGGUCAUGGAGAAGAGGUUGGAAGACAAUCUCAGCAUCAGCUCUGUGCACGUUUUGGGAGAUUUCUUUGGAAAAGCUGCCAAGUGGCUGGGCCAGUUUCACCUGCUCUACAUGUGUGCCUGCCUCAACGCUUUCUGUUCCUGUACAGAUGCAAACUGGAACAGAAGUGCAUGCCAACCCAGGAGGCCUCUGGUGGGGGGGCACUUGAGGUCAUUGGAUGGAGUCCACCUCCAGCGGCUGGAUGGAUUUCACUCUGUCCAUUCUUGUCAAGUGGCUUGUUGUCAGAGCCCUGACUGUGAUGCUUUUUGGCUUAUGGGCAAAAUGUGCAUCCAAGUGAACUGCAACAGUCCUCCCAGGUGUCGAGCAAUACAGACCAAUGCUACAGACUCCAUCUUGGUGUUUGUAAAGAAGCCUGGCAGUGCAUUAUCCUCCCAGCCCGCAGCAGAGAGGAAAACUCGGCUUCCUAAAUGGUUGGACUGGAGGGAGGGCCAUGCAAGAAGUAAUACAAGGAUGCGAAGGUCCUUCAAAGAGCUACAGACUCGGAGAGUGCACAAAGCAGAUGAUAUCAGGAGUUCUCUAAAGAGGGAUAUAAGCUCCAGCAGUGGAAGUCCUGUGAGCCCCCCUGCUCCAUCUCAGCCUUUGGACAGUAAGGACUUGGCAGAGCCUCAGUCUACAAGGCAAGACACCAAGCUUCCCAGAGACCAUGUGAAUCCAGAGAGUGUCCUGCUGCACAACAGUGGAGAUCUAAGGGGUUCAGAAUCUCAAAGCCCAUCUCCUCCUGUGACCAGUAAUGUGAACAGCUCAAGCAACCUUGCUGGGAGUGAUGCUGGGGGGGCCCCCGCAGGAGCUGCCACUCCAGAACCAUCUCCUGUAGCUUCGUUCUCCAGCCCUGCUGUACCAGGGUUGAUGCCUGUUGGGGACCCUGAGAAAGUCAAGCCAUCCAACACUUCCAUCCAGCCUUCAUCCUCGGAAGAUGCCAUUCCAAGUUCCAUCACUGUUCAGGGGGGAGAGACUGUGACGGCCCAGCAGGUGACCUCUGUUCCCACUGGCGUUCCCACCAACAACAGUGUUAAUGUGGCCCCAACUAAUCCUGCCACAUUACCUAGCACCAUUCCCCCAACACCAGUUAUUAAGAAACUGGCGGUCUCUGCUGGAGAUAGUGUACAGGUGACCCUUCCAAAGAAUGAUGUGGAGCUGAAUGCAUAUGUCUUGCCUCUACCAACUGAAGGAAACACCUACUCUUAUGACUGGAGACUGAUCACCCAUCCCACUGAUUAUAGCGGAGAGAUGGAGGGCAAGCAUUCACAGAUCCUCAAAUUAUCCAAGCUCACGGUUGGCCUGUAUGAAUUCAAGGUAAUAGUUGAAGGUGAUAAUGCACAUGGGGAAGGAAGAGUGAACGUGACAGUGAAGCCAGAGCCACGAGUAAAUCAGCCCCCCGUGGCUAUUGUGUCUCCCCCAUUCCUGGAGAUCUCAUUGCCAACCACCUCUACGGUAAUUGACGGCAGCCAAAGCACGGACGAUGACCAGAUUGUCAGCUACCACUGGGAAGAACUGAAGGGACCUCUGAGGGAAGAGAAGGUAUCUGCAGAUACUCCUAUUCUGAAACUGACCAAUUUGGUACCUGGAAACUACACGUUCAGCCUCACUGUGGUGGACUCAGAUGGUGCCAGCAACUCCACCACCGCCAGCCUGACUGUAAACAAAGCUGUGGAUUACCCACCGACGGCAAAUGCAGGUCCUAACCAAGUGAUCACUUUGCCACAAAACUCCAUCACCCUUUAUGGGAACCAGAGCACAGAUGACCAUGGCAUUGUCAGCUACGAAUGGUCCCUGAGCCCCAACAGCAAAGGAAAAGUAGUGGAGAUGCAGGGAGUGAGGACAUCGACUUUGCAGCUCUCUGCAAUGCGUGAAGGUGACUACACCUACCAGCUGAUGGUGACAGAUUCUGCUGGCCACCAGUCCACUGCCGAGGUGACUGUGAUCGUGCAGCCUGAAAACAACAAACCUCCUGAGGCAGAUGCGGGUCCAGACAAAGAGCUGACCCUCCCAGUGGACAGCACCACUCUAGAUGGCAGCAAGAGCUCAGAUGACCAGAAGAUAGUCUCUUACCUUUGGGAAAAAACCAGGGGCCCAGAUGGCGUGAAACUGGAGAAUGCCAACAGCAGCAUCACCACAGUAACUGGGCUGGAGGUCGGAACGUAUGAAUUCACAUUGACGGUCAAAGACGAGCGGAACUUGCAGAGCCAGAGUUCGGUGAUGGUCAUUGUCAAGGAAGAGAUGAACAAGCCCCCCAUUGCAAAAAUUGCUGGGAACAUUGUCAUCACCCUUCCAGGAAACACAGCUGAGCUCGAUGGGUCGAGAUCCACAGAUGACAAGGGAAUCAUCAGUUUUCUGUGGACUCGGGAUGAAAGCAGCCCUGCGGCUGGGGAGGUGUUAAAUAAUUCAGAUCAUCACCCGGUGCUUUUCCUCUCCAACCUGGUGGAAGGGACGUACAUGUUUCAUCUUAAAGUUACAGAUGCCAAAGGAGAAAGUGACACAGACAGAGCCACCGUAGAAGUGAAGCCUGAUCCAAGGAAAAACAACCUCGUGGAGAUAAUCCUUGAUGUGAAUGUCAGCCAGCUGACAGAACGGCAGAAGGGUAUGUUCAUCCGUCAGAUAGGUGUUCUGCUGGGCGUCUUGGAUUCGGACAUCACUGUGCAGAAGAUUCAGCCCUAUACUGAGCAGAGCACCAAGAUGGUAUUCUAUGUGAAGAACCAGCCUCCUCGCCAGAUCUUCAAAGGGCAUGAUGUUGCGUCGACUCUCCGGAAUGAACUGCGGAAGCAACAGUCGGACUUCCUCAUUUUCAGAGCACUGGAGAUCAACACAGUCACAUGCCAGCUGAACUGUUCAGAACAUGGGCACUGUGACUCCUUCACCAAGCGCUGUGUCUGUGACCCUUUCUGGAUGGAGAACUUUAUCAAAGUUCAGAUCAGCGAUGGGGAGAGCAACUGUGACUGGAGCGUGCUGUACGUUGUCAUCGCCUCCUUCGUCAUUGUGGUCUCCUUUGGGAUCUUCUCCUGGGCUGUCGUCUGCUGCUGCAAGAAGCGGAAAGGAAAACCCAAAAGAAAGAGCAAAUACAAGAUCUUGGAUGCCACAGAUCAAGAGAGUCUGGAAUUAAAACCAAAUCCCAAAGCAGGCAGCAAACUGAAAGCUCAGGUCCAGAACACCAGUCUGAUGCAUUCAGAAUCUGAACUGGACAGCGAUGAAGCAAUCUUCACAUGGCCGGAUCGGGAGAAAGGAAAACUCCUGCGCAACCAGAAUGGUUUCCUGCGCAAUGGGCAGGCGGCACCCAAGCUGAAGAGUCAACGGGAAGAGAUCCUAUAGCUGCAGGCUGGCACUGGCUAAGUUCUAUGGCAAAUGGUCAUAGGAGGCUGUUCUUUCCCUCCAUUGCACGAGGAACCAAUGGAAAUCAGCCUCACCGUGUUCAGGGUAACGCUGCUAACGUAUUAUGUGACCACACCUUUUGUUUACUGCUGAUCUUUUUCUAACUGCUCGUACUUGAAUUUGGACUUCAAGGGAAACUUUGGCAGAAAGAAGCUGUGAAACAAAGACUGUGAAGGGCAGGUGCUCGUUCCAAAACGCCACAGAAUUUACCUCCUCUCCAGAAACUGUAAAAUUGCCAGCCUGUGUCAGGCACCUUUUCCUACAGGCCCCGAAAUCUGACUGCCCGGGGGAUGGCCCUCUUCACCCCCAUGUCUCCCUUUUGUGGAGGGCGGUUGGUUGUGUUUGCAAGAACCAAACAUUGCUCUCACCUGCCUUGAAAUCCAAGAUGCCUCGGACUGCGUGUUGGGGUCUCUUUUUUUCCUAAAACACUCAUUCCUACUGUAGGAAAGCAAUUUUGGUUUCCUCCCAUUUUCACUUAUGAGUUUUCCAAACAGGAGGAGAAGGCCAGGCUCUGCAGACUGUGAGGUGUUGUGGCCUCAGGGGCAAGGGUGGGAGAAAUGCUUUUGGGUCAUGUUUAUGAUUGUAAAGGAUUAUUUUUUCCCCCUUAUCGUUUUAAAUUAUUGUUAGUAUCAACACUGGGAAUGGAGGCAAUGCUGCCAUAUCUGUGACCCCCCGCGCCAAACACUUCCUGUCAGUUACCAAGGCCCUUCAUCUUUGUAGUCUUUAGGACAGCAAGUUCCUCUUCUAGUUGAGAAAUAUCUUUGAUAAUGGAAAAAUUUUUGCACAGUUGUAAAGGAGAAGGGGGGGGGGGGUCAAAGCCAAGCAUGGCUAGACUGACUGUUUUGAUCCCAAUAGGUCAGUGCCUCCACCACCACCACCCUCUGGUUUGCACUUCUUUGUUCCUUGUUCAUUGUGUGCUUCUCAUAGGACAUGUCGGUUUUUAUAAGUAUCAGAGAAAUGUCCCACCUUUCCCUUGCCCAAAGUAGUCUCUGUUAAGCCUCCUCACUUGAAUGACCACUAAUUUUGUAGAAGAAGAGGUACCUCUGCUGUUUGUCCCAGCCCCCUCCCUCUCCUUUUUGAGCCAAUGGAAUGUGAUGACUGUGUGUGAUCUAUCCUCUCUCUCGUCUUUCCCCCCUGCUUUAUCCUCCCCACCUUUUGCUCCCUUCACACUUGGCAAACAUUAUGCCUCCCCUGAAGAGUAAAUGCACUUUGAAGGACUUCCCUCUGCUGUCCUCUAGCCCCAGAGCAGAACCUUCCUGCGGCUUGUGCUUCGAUGCAGAGGGGCUUUGCUUUAAUUUUAAAAACUAAAAAUUUAAGUCUUCUCUAGGUUAGGGAUGGUCAGCUGGCUGCCUGUAGGGCAAUUCCAGUCCAGGAGGCAUUUUUUUUUUUAAUCUUCUGGCCCCACAGAGAUUGAGAGAUCAAAGCUGAAGAAAGCAUUUGCAAUAAUAACUUUAGUCCAUUUUAAUGUCAUGGGGCGGGGAGAAGGCUGAGAAUGUGCCACAGUUGUGACCCUUAACCAAUGCCUGGAAAACUAACACAGCCCCUAAGACUGCAGAAGCUGGCCAUCCUCAGUCAAGAUGGAACAGAUGUUUUCAUUGGGUUCUGGUGGUUCUGUUUCCAUGGCGUCACGGCUGAGUUGUUGAAGGUCAUACAAAUUAAAUAUACUGCUCAUUUGGGGGGGGGCUCUUUCCCCCGUGAAUUGUCA